UUAGUUAGUCCCUUGAACACAGCACAAUUAUUUUAUUGCUCCCUUCUUGGGGGUUCACGUCGUCCGUUCUUACAUUUUUUUCAACGGGGUACAGUAUUAGCUAAAGUACAUCGUAGCCACGUCUCAAGCUCGGGGCACGGAUGGAUGAUCGAUGUGAAGAACCUGCAUGGGGUAUCCUAGCUCCUUGUGGUCUGCUCAAGGAGGUUUGGUUUGUUUGGCUCCUGUUCCCACACACAAAACUCUUAUUUAUUAACACCUAUAGCUAAACCAUGAGUUCUCGUGAGCGUGAGGAGGUGGGCGUACCGAUACAGCCCGAGGGGCAACAAGAAGAGGUGCAAGACGGAGCUUCUGCCGUUGGGACCGGUGCUACCGAUGUUCCUCAUCCUACCGCUCAGCUGCUGGAUCCACUCCUGCUGAACGAGGCGAGACGUACAGGUAGCGCAGCCUUCCAGGGAAACAGUGACGAGGACGAGAACCAUGAGAUCUCUGCUGUCGCUGCUGCCACCACGACGAAUCCAACGGAUUUCCAUACUAAUACCAGCCGUGUGACGAGCGGCCUCGAGAAUAAUAAGACGAAGCCAGCUGCAACGAUGAGCUUUCAAGAUUUGCAGCAAUUGAUCCUGAAGCUUCAAAAUCGCGUGGAAGAGUUGGAGGGACAACAAAAGCAGCAGCAAAUUGUGUCCAUGGACUCUUCUUGCCCCUCCAAUACUAGUAACAAUAUUACCAUGAACACUGCAGAUUGGAGCCGGAUGCCCAGAAGCAGCCAAGCUGGGAACACAAACCCAGACACAAAUGCAUCCAGACGAGAAACCAGUGAACAGAGGUGGAAGGACUACCGAACUGCCAUGAAGGAUACGUUCUCCGCCGAGGAUUCUUCCGUGUUUAUGCAUCCGGAAUUGGUCAAGAGGAGGAUCCCGUACACACAGGAGGAGCUCGAGAAAGUCAAGGGACGACCUUUCACGACCCGUAUAUUCAUCACGAAUGUCCAAGUCGAGUGGAACACGGUCUGGUUGAGGACACUACAUAGUGACCAUCAGGCUCAUAGAUCCUCCUUUAUUCAGGUCAGAGAUGCUUUCAAGGCUGAUGCUAUUACCAACAACCCACCCGCUGCCAAGUAUGCAUUGACGGAACUGCUCAAUAUGUGCUAUGGCAUGGAUGAAAGUGACUACUACAGUUUUGCCUGUACCUUGGCAUCGGCAUUUUCGUUGGGAGCCAUCAAUACGCAUUUUGAAAAGAAUCUCCUCGAACACGAGGUUCGUCAACCCAAACUCAAGAAACUAGGAGCAACCAUCCUUCUCGAAUACCCCCAAUUGAAUGCUGCUGAACGAGAACGAAAGCUGUUGGAUAUGCAACAGGAGAGGGCCAGGACGAGACUGCUGCAACUCAUGGAUAUUGUCUUUUCCAAGCUCAAGCAAAAGAAAAUGCUGGUCGAUGAAUCCCAAUACAACAUUUAUCGUCUGGUUCUUUGCAUGACCAAGUACAACCGCGGCAAAAUGCCAUACUUUUAUGCUAUUUUCUCAUUCUUCUUCCAGACUUGCGCGACAGCCUAUCUGAUUCUCACAUUGACCAAACUGGACGAUGGUGAAGGGUUUGCGGGAGCCGGUGGGGACUUGUUGGCUCGCAAUUUGCCAAUGGCCAUUUCCACACUUGGCUACGGUUUAAUGGUUGCGGCGCCCGAGGUGGCCAGUACCAAGGAAGCGUUUCAAACACUGUACCGGAGUGAAUCAUCAAUCUCAGUUCUGGCUGCCAUGGACUUGCUGGUCAACAUUAUUUCUCCUUUGGCCGUUGCAUUCUGUGGGUUCUUUGUGGUCUUGUCCGGAGAUUCAUUCCUUGACGGGGUCUUGAAUAGCGUAGCACUUCUGUUCAUUUCCGAGAUUGAUGAUGCCCUACCCCGGUUGCUGGGGCUGGACAUUAGAGAUAUUGUGCAGGGUUACCUGAUUGACCAAGCCAUCGAAGACUACGAAGCUCAAGAAAAUGAAAUGGUGCCACCAGUGGAAUUCAAUGACUUGUUGAUUACCAACAACGAAGAGGGUGGAUCCAUUGCAUCUCAAGGCAUCACGUUUCAACCGUACGAAGUGUUCGGUGAGGAGUCACUUGUACACAAGAAGGGCAACAGUGCUAACGGCGAUGGCAACGAUCCUCCCUGUGAGGCCGCGGCUGCAGAGCUCCGGCACAGAAAAUGUCCAAAGGGCUCGUCCAGAAAAGUUCCAAUGUCCAGAAAGGUCCGAAAGAUUGCCAAGGACAAGGGACAGCAAGUAUUCAACAAAAGGUCUGUGACAGCUGACUGCUUAUUGCGAAAAGUUGAGUGGCAAUACACCAGUGGAUACGAUGACACAUGCCAACCAAGAAUCGGCCACCUCAUAAUGACCAAGCUGAUUGAUAACACAGUAGUUGACAUUGUGGGGCUUCACAAAGAAGAGGAUAUUGAAAAACGACCGUUCUUCUCUGUCACGGGUGUGUUCAUGAUCACGAGCUUUUGCAUGUCAGAUGACAUUCUGAGGCUCCGAGUAUGUGGUUCUCAAACACCACAGCAGUUUCUUCGUGCCUUUGACUACUACAGUUUGUGGCCCAUGGAUUCAUCAGCGAGCGAUUUGCUGAAGAAAGUGCGAAUUGGGCACACGCCAAAAGAAUGGCGUGACAAUGAAGUGGUGCUCCGUGGGCCUGCUGCGUCGCCCCAACUCGCUCACUCCUAUUCGUCCAGACUUGCCCAUGCUGUUUCCUUUUCCCAGAGAACGAGGGAGUCAGCCACCAUGCUCGAUGAGUCGGUUUUGAAUAACCGUGAUGAUGAAAUGGAUGCUUCAGUUGACGACGAGGACGACACGAAAGCAUUUGAUGUGAUUGAGUUGUGAGGUUUUGGGUUGUUGAUCGCUCCAGAGGCAGUCGUGUCGAGGACGCGUCUGUUGUUGCAACCGUCUAUGCAUGCAACGACUUCGAGCUCUGGCGUAGGUGCUCGUAGGAUAACGAC